AGAAUGGCAGUGGGAAAUAACACCAUUGUGACAGAAUUUAUCCUCUUGGGCUUAACAAACCAAACAGAGCUCCAGACACCACUCUUCAUUUUGUUUCUAGGAAUCUACUUAGUCUCCAUGGUGGGGAACCUCAUCUUGAUUUUAUUAAUCUGGGUCAGUUCUCAGCUUCAUACUCCCAUGUACUAUUUUCUCAGUAACCUGUCAUUCAUAGAUCUCUGCUACUCCUCUGUCAUUACACCCAAAAUGUUGGAGAACUUUGUAUCAGAGAAGAACAUCAUCUCCUAUCCAGGGUGCAUGGCUCAGUUCUUUUUCUUCCUCUUCUUUGUGAUUGCUGAAGUUUACAUGCUGACAACUAUGGCCUACGAUCGUUAUGUUGCCAUCUGUAGACCCCUGCUCUAUAAUAUCACCAUGGUUCCAUGGUUCUGCUCCCUGCUGGUGGCAGGUGGAUACAUAAUGGGGGGCACUGGGGCCAUUGCUCAUACAAGCUGCCUAGCCAGACUGUCUUUCUGUGGGGACAAUGUUAUCCAUCAUUACUUCUGUGAUAUUCUUCCCCUUCUGAAGCUCUCCUGCUCCAGCACCUACAUCAAUAAGCUUUUGGUGAUGAUUGUUGGUGGAUUUAAUUUGUUGGCUACAACUCUGCUAAUCUGGAUCUCUUACACUUUCAUUCUUUUGAACAUUCUUCAUAUGCAAUCUAUUAAGAGCCGUUAUAAAGCCUUUAGCACCUGUGGAUCCCAUCUGGCAGCUGUUUCUGUUUUUUAUGGUUCCAUCUUGGUCAUGUAUUAUAUACCAGCUUCUAAUGAUGUGACCCAGGAGAAAGCAGCCUCAGUGUUUUAUACCACAGUGAUCCCCAUGCUGAAUCCUUUAAUCUACAGUUUAAGGAAUAAGGAUGUGAAGGAUGCAUUAAGGAAAAUCAUAAAAAGCAGAAUGUUUCAAGGUCCACAUAGGAAAUAG